GCUUAGAAAGAGCUGUGCUGAAAAUACUACAGAAUCUGUCUUCUGUCAUCAAUAGUGAUAUACAGCCUAUGCAGGUGGGGAUACAUUUUGAGCAACCAUUGGCAUAAUUAGUCUAAAUGUGUGACGUGGGCUGUUAUCGUGUUGUGCUCGAGGUCUGCACCUGUUCACUAGGACACUGAAGCCCCCGGCUGGUUUAGCACUUACUAGGAGUUAUGCCAUCUAGACCCGUGAACGGAUUUUGUUCAGACCAGUGAUAUUCGGUGAAGAAGCUGUAGCCAAGUCAUAGUGUGGAGGUCCAACUGCGAUGUUCGGCCAGUCACCUCACGUUCUUGGAGGCAUCUUGUGGAUUCAGAAUCCAAUGAGAGCUGUCCACUGCAACCUGAGCCAGAAUGGGAUCGACCACCAGAUGAUGUGCCCGGACGACGUGACCUCACACCUGGAGGAUCAGCCCCUGGACCAAGGAGCCGUGCUGGACGACGACAGCUCCACCUAUCAGGACGUGAGCCCCGGGUACCAGCGCCACUCACUGCCCCAGCGCUCCGUCUCCGAGUCAGAACUCUCCCGGCCGGGGAAUGUAAAGCUGUCCAAGCCAGUGGUCCUGUGGACCCAGCAGGACGUGUGCAAGUGGCUGAAGAAGCACUGCCCCAAGCAGCACCAGAUCUACAGUGACUCCUUCAAGCAGCAUGACAUCACAGGGCGGGCUCUGAUGAGAUUGACAGACAGGAAGCUGGAGCGAAUGGGCAUCAUGCAGGAGGGCCAACGGCAGUAUAUCCUCCAGCAGGUCCUGCAGCUCCGCGUCAGAGAAGAGGUCCGCACCCUGCAGCUACUCACGCAAGCCUCUCUGGAGGGAUCUCCGUAGCCCAGGCGUUCUUGGAAACCAGCUGCCAACAGGACCCGGUCUCCCUCCGAUCCUGGGCUACAUCUGACCCUUGACCUCCUCCCACCACCAAUCAAAGCCGUCCUAACCCCAAUCUCAUACCGAACUCCAAUCUUAAUCCUAACCUUGAUUUUAACCCCCCAUACUUAAUUUCAAACCUUCAAACAAGUCAAGUCAUUGGCCUGUCCAGUGACUUAUCACAGACAGACAAUCAUUUUCUUGCCUUUAACCAAGAGUUUCCACUACAUUUGUCCCUAUCCCAUCCCAACUCUCUUACCCCUUCUGAAUUACCACCAGGGCUCUAUUCUGAGAACAAGCAUCAAAAAUGUAUCCAUCCUCAAUUGACGAUCCCACUACAAGGACUGUGGAGAACAAUGAGAAAACAGACACGUCAAAGAUGGCGUCCACUUCCAACAACCUUCUCACUGUAUAGUAAAUCCUCCAGUGUAGAACAGACCUUAAGUGUGAAUUAGUACCCCCACGAUACACCACCGAGCAGGUGUGUAUAACAUUCUAGUGACUUCUAAUGGUGACUUUAGAGACAUUGGGUACACCAGCCUUCCUCUCUCUCGGUCCUCACUGACUAUAUCGCCAGAGCAGUGAGAGGGCGCUACAUUUUGCAUUCCCUUCCCCUCUCUGUCCCUCUUUUUCUGACUGAUUCUGUGCCCUGUCAGAGUUUGGGCUUGCCUGGUGAAAAUGACAUCUGUUGUCCCGUCUGUCUUUUCCUCGCACCUUUCCCCAACUUCACUCUGUGGGUCGCUUUCUCAGCGCGGUCAGCAAGCCUUCACUGUGAAUACGUCCAGGUGUGGCAUGAAGCGGUAGAACCUGGCAAACCAAAAGGUACUAAAUGUGAUGGUGAAAAGACCUGGCAAACCAAAAGGUACUAAAUGUGAUGGUGAAAAGACCUGGCAAACCAAAAGGUACUAAAUGUGAUGGUGAAAAGACCUGGCAAACCAAAAGGUACUAAAUGUGAUGGUGAAAAGACCUGGCAAACCAAAAGGUACUAAAUGUGAUGGUGAAAAGACCUGGCAAACCAAAAGGUACUAAAUGUGAUGGUGAAAAGACCUGGCAAACCAAAAGGUACUAAAUGUGAUGGUGAAAAGACCUGGCAAACCAAAAGGUACUAAAUGUGAUGGUGAAAAGACCUGGCAAACCAAAAGGUACUAAAUGUGAUUGUGAAAAGACCUGGCAACAUAAAUGGACCACGGUAUGGUAUUGCGAGGACCUGGAUAAAGUGCUUUUUGAGCCAGGGAAAAUGAAAUGACGGAUAACCUACAUGGGACAAUUGGUUGGUUGAGGAUAUGGUUGAGGGAGAGAACGAGGCAAGUACUUCUCUACUGAGGAUGAAGAAGAAGAUUCUCUCACAUAUCUCACUGCUUGAGACUAUUUUUAGAUAUGAGGUAUAUUGAAAAUAGUGUAGAAAGGAAAAUGUACCGUGGGCAAAAAAAACCAUAUCAUCCAAACGUCUGUCAAGUCUCAGAGAGAGACGUGGUAUGUAAAUCUCUCGGGUACUGUUUUUAUGAGAAACUAACUCUUUGCUGUGACUGUUCAUGUGAAAUGGCCAUUCGCUGGUGAUAUAAAGGCAUUUUACCGGUCAUGCCAACAAACCUGUUGCUUGGGCCAUCGUGACCUAUAUGUGUGUUUUCACACCUUGUAGCCAGUAAUGAACUUUAACUAAAGCCAGUAUGCUGGAGUGAUUCCUAUUACCCAUGUAUCACUACCAGUGGAGCAUGACCUAUUGUUACCAUCACAACAACCUCCUCCCUGUGAAUAUGAAUAAAUGGGGAUCGAAAAAAUUGAAAUGGCCACCAAGAAACCAAAGGGGGAGAAUUCCAGCCCUGGAGAGGCUUUGAAUUUAAUUGCAACAUUGGGUCUUGUGUGUUACGAGCGUCCAUUGUUUGGUUUGGAGCUUGCCUUAUGCUCUCUAGUGGUUGGUUGGCCCAGUAGUAGCAGAUUAGUAUUGAUUAAACCUUCAGGACUGCGUUGCCCUCCAGGCCUGGAAUAGCCCAAUCCCUGACAUUGGAGAGGUAAGGAAUGCUGAUACUUGGUCACAUGGGAUGAAGCUGUCCAUAUCAAAAUACAAGUGGCUAUUUCAUGCUUUGGUGGAGCUCUGGUGUCAGUGUCUCUCUUGGACUGUGUGGGCUGCCUGCCCUGCCUGGCUGCUUCCAGUCUAGAAGGCUGGCGCUCUGAUUUCACAUCAUCUGGAUGUCAAUAGCCAAACUGGGAGGAGCGGUCUACAGAGUUAACACAAGGCAGUGUUUUGUUGAGGACAGUAUUGAAUUCAGUGUUUGGGUAAGGGAAAAACCCUCCUGCAACUGUAACAUGUCAGGAUGAGGCAGCCCCGCCAUAACUUGGCUGGUGGGGUGUUUUGGGGAAGGGAAGUAUGAUUACUUUGUGUGCCGUAGCCAACCAUGUGACUUUCAAGGCAUUUCGAACCUGGGUCAUGUUCAUUAGGGAAUACCAUAACAAAACGUUUUGCAACAGAAAACAAAAACGAUCGUUUCUUAUUGGACGAGUCCAGGUAGUCCCUCCCUGUUUGUCUGUUUUCUCCUGUUUGGUUCCUAAUGAACACGACCCUGCCAGCUCUGCCAAGGUGCCCGAGGACUUGCCUGAACUGGCUCUUUCCACAAUCUCCUGAUUUAUUUUUUUAGGCAUUUGGAAUUUUUUCAUUGGCACUGUUACACACAAUAAACCUUAUACUGAGCCUCACAAGAAAAACAUGCAUGCAAAUAGAAGCAGACAUACAAGGAAUUGUGUCACUACACAUAGUCAGACAUUGCAUUCACAGGUGUAUAUGCAUCCAUCACGUUCUCAUUAUUCAUGAGUCAUUCAGUAUCGUGGUAGUAUCCACAUUAGUGUAGAAGUGUUCUUAUUUACAUUUUUAUUCAACUAGGCAAGUCAGUUAAGAACAAUGACGGCCUACACCGGCCAAACCCGGGCGCCGCUGGGCCAAUUGUGCGGCGCCCUUUGGGACUCCCAAUCACGACCGGUCGUGAUCCAGCCUGUAUUCGAACCAGGGUGUCUGACGCCUCAAGCACUGAGAUGCAGUGCCUUAGAACGCUGCGCCACUCAGGAGCCAAUAAAAGUGACUCAAAUAAUGACGUAAUACAUUAUUUACCAUUUAUUUCUAUUGGGCCGAAAAUGAUCUGAAACGCAACUACAACAAACAGUAAAUGCUUCCAACAAGUUUCUAGUCAUAAGCUUGACGUAGUCAUUGUGUGCUAGAAAUAUGGGACCAAAUACGAAACAUUUAAGUGAAUUUGUCCCAGUACCUUAGUCCCCCCCAUUUUAGGGGACCAAUGAACAAAAAGUGGUGUAAUUUCUAAACAGUUCAAACGGAUAAAAAUACCCUCAAAUUAAAGCUGACAGUCUGCACUUUAAUCAUUUAAAUCCAAAGUGCUGGAAUACGGAGCCAAGAAAACAACAAAAUUGUCACUGUCCCAAUACUUUUGGUGCUAACUGUAUUUUAGAAAGGCAAUGGGAACUGUCUAAUUUUAUUUAUUUGUUGUGUGUUUUUUUUUUAACAAUAUUGCAGAGAAUGGAGUUGUGUUACUUCGAAGUAACUUUGGGUUGCUUAGAUUUAGAUUUAGUUUAGGUGUGGAUUGAGACCAAUAUGUUCAUAUCAGUUGUUACUACUCCCUUGUAUUCACCAUUCCUUAUUUCUAUUGUGGAUAGUUUCUGUGAACCAAUGGAAAGGCUACAAAACAAUGAGCAAACCAGAUUUUGUAUUGAAUACAUGGACUUGGAUUGUGAUGUUACCGAUGAAUGAAUCCUGCACACGAUGUUCUUUAUUUUAUAUUUUUAUCAGGAAUAACGUUUGACUUGACGUGUAUGAAAUUGUUUGAUCAAAUAUGCAUAAAAGGAGAGUAGUUCUGCA